AUGUUUUUUGUAUUCUGCCUGCUUUCUUUACUGUCCUUGACAAACGCCUUGAAUUUUGGAUGUGGAUGCAGCACGUGCCCAUGUGGAUCCAGCUCAUAUGGUUACGGAGGACGAGCAGCGUAUGGAUACAGCGGAUAUAAUGGAUAUCAGUCAUCUUAUGCAUCUUCAUCCUAUCCUUCCGGGUCUUAUUAUUCCUCCUAUCCACCUGGUCAAAUCUCCGGCUAUAUUCUUAGACCUGUUGGUCCCAUUAAGAACAGUGGAGGGUAUGCUGUAGCUGGUGGAUAUAAUGGAGGUUCCGGAAUACCAGUUGUCCAUCAGCAAUACGGACAAAUUGGGUAA